AUGCUCCCCUUUGAGGCUUUCAUCUUGAUUGACGACUCGCUCCGCCGCGCCGAGCUCCCGGCACAAGACCGAACUCAUCACGUGACUUUGAACUCGGACUUUCUAUCGCACGGGAAGAGCCAACCAGAAGCAUGCGGAACAACACCGGUUCGUUCUAUAACCUUAGCACGUGCACAAGCGGAAACAUCACCAAGCCCAGCGGCCCUCAAGAGCCCGAGCGACCCGAAGAAAGGUCGAACAACCACACCACCCAGGACCGAGGAUCUCGUGACGGAGCAACACUUGAUCACGCUCCUCCAAAAGCUUGGCCCGACCCUCAAACACUUGCACCUCAGGGAACUCGCCUUCACUUCCUUUCGUCGGCGACACCUCACCCAACUCACACCAUUGCUUUCAAGCUCGAACUUGCAACUUGAAACUCUAACCGUCAUCGGUCGACCCGCAAUCGAGAGCCAAUUCCAGUUCCACGCGCUCGCAUCCAUCCUCCUGUGUCUUCCCAACCUAUCUACACUCGUCAUGCGUCACAUCCGAGCAUCUACACCAGCCCCAAGUGCAGCCAUGGGUAGAAUGCCGUCGUUCAAGCUUGUCUCCAUCUCCGUUCGAGACUGCCCGUCUUUCAUGGCCGAACACUACUAUUGGCUCUUCGCCUCGACGAUGUACGCCGACUCGCUUUGCGUGCUCGACUUUGAAUACCCACAUCCUCGUGCAGCUCCUUUGAGGCCAAUAGCCUGGCUCGGCUGGCCCGUACGGAGCCUGCGUCUAACCACCUCCGCCAAGGGGGUUAUCGAAGGCUUUGCCCAUAAUCUGCCUUCGCUGGAGAGGCUAGAGAUCAAUGCCACAGGAGUCGCGGUCGACAUCAUCGAGCUCUUGGGCAACCUCCAGAAGCCACCGGUCGAAUUGGCGGAUACCUCAAUGGGCGACGAGGACGGAUUCGAUCCGAGAGUCAUGGCCGUUGUGCUCGAAGUGGGGUGGCCACGCACGCAAUUCCGCAAGAUCUGCAUCAGAAGGAGACAAGGGUGGACUCGCUUGGAAGCCGCAUGCAAGGCAAAGGCUGUCGAGUUGAUCGAGUUGAAAUGA